AUGCGCUUCCACCUGACUCUUCUGGCCUUGUUGCCUGCCCUGACGGCCUCGUUCCCUUUUCUCCGACAGCGCAGGCAGACCGACAAUUCCUCGGAACCCCUCACUGACCUGGGCGUCAUACAGCAGUAUUGGGGCCAGAUGACACCCUAUGCAGAUAAUGCGGAGGACUUUUUCGGGGUGAGCGAUGUUGGCUUGCCAGAUGGUUGUCAGGUCGAACAAGUGCAUCUCCUGCAACGACAUGGAGCUCGGUUUCCCACAGGUUUCUUUGACGAUGGGGCCAACGACGAGAACUUUGGAGCCAAAACCUUCAAUUGGACGCAAGCGAAUUCUUCUGAACUAUUCACCGGUCCCCUUAGCUUUUUGAACACGUACCAGUACUCGAUGGGUGAAAGCUACCUUGUGGGGAUCGGAGCCUCUCAGCUCUUCCAGUCUGGGGUGACCUUCUGGCAGAGAUAUGGCCGAACAUUGUUCAAUGCAUCCAGUGGUCAACUCGCCUACAACGCUAGCUUCCCCAAUGGCACCGCGAGACCCAAGCCGGUCUUAAGGACCACAUCGCAGUCCCGGAUUGAAAACACGCAGAUUAACUGGGCCCUCGGCUUCUUUGGGCCGUCGUACUUGGAAGAACCCAAUCCGACAAUAGCCAAUGCUACUCAUCCAUUCAACGUGGUGAUAAUUCCUGAAGGUGGAACGGAAAACAAUACCCUAGCAUCCUACGACAGCUGCACCAAUGAGGGCGAUGAGCCGGGAGGGAUCCUCGGGGAUCUGGAUCUGCUAUCGUACCUGCCGUUGUAUCUGUCCGAUGCGCGUGAUCGGUUGGCAGACUAUGUGCCAGCAGGAUACAAUCUGACCAUCAACGACACCUAUGCCAUGCAGAGCAUUUGUGCCUACGAGACCAACUAUCUGGGUCAAUCCGACUUCUGCACACUUUUCACUGAGAAUGAAUGGGCUGGGUUCGAGUCGACUCUCGAUCAGGAGUAUUUCUAUGACUACUCUUACGGCAGUCCGACCGGUCGAGCCCAGGGGAUUGGCUACCUCCAGGAACUUCUGGCCCGACUGGAGCACCAGUUGAUUACCUCGUCGAACUCGAGCGUGAACAGUAGCAUCACCAACAAUACUCGAGAUUUCCCACUCGGUCAGAAACUUUAUGCCGACUUCUCCCACGACGACAUCCUGAUUUCAGUCCUGACGGCCGCCUCGGUUGAUUACUUCCGAGACCCGCCUUCGCUCACGGACUACCCCCCUGACCCAAACCGACACUUUAUUCUGUCACAUCUGACGCCUUUCGCAGCUCGGUUGGUUACAGAAGUGGUCGGAUGUAACAGCGGAAGCCCGACUGCGCACUCUGCCCGGACACAAUACUAUCCUACUCAGUACGGGUAUGAUGCGAGUAAUGCCACGCACAAGUUCUUGCGUAUGCGACUGAACAACGGGAUCCUGCCUCUGUCCACUAUCCGCGGCGGCUACUGUGGGAAUAGGACCGAUGGGAUGUGUCCGCUGAACUCAUUCAUCAAGAGUCAAGCCGGAGCCUUCGACCUGAGCAAUUAUCAGUACGCCUGUUUCGGAAACUACACGGUUGACUAUCCCAACAACGGUACAGACUAUGACGGGACGAUCUUCAGUGGCGACGACACUUCGUAG